AUGUCUGAUGAAACCGAUUUGUUUCCCGAUUUACUCCCCGACUUGUUUCCUGAUGAGCUCAACUUGAUGGAUUGCAAGUCCUUACAGCCAUGUGCUAAUACUACCAUUUCACCUACUCUGUCUGUGAUGCUCAUUCCAGUUACUCCACCUACCAAAACCCUUUUGGUAAAACAUAUUUUCAGUAUUCUUGAAUCUAUCCAAAGUGUGAUGGGCAGAAACCAUAUUCCUGCCUUGCAGCUUGUUUGUCGCUAUAAAUCCACAACGUUUGACUCGUUUACGGGUAAAAACUCGGUAGAUUCAGCUAAUCCUAAAUACAAACUCAUUAAACGUAUCGGCAGAUCCAUCUCCACCUUUGAUGCCAUCGUAUCCAUUCUCAAAUGCAUUCAUUCACUUUUAUUCACCCAGAGUCGUUGCACAAAACGAGAUAUAUACUAUCGCAAUAUUCACCAGUUUCGUACCCAGAAACAAGUGGAUGAAAUUGUGGAAGAUUUGGCUUGCUCAUUUGGUAUUUCCCGCGAUCAGUUGAUGAUUGUUGCCGCCUCAAAAGGAGUCGUAUAUGGCCGGCUGUGGAUUCAUACAAGCAAGGGAGAUAUUCUUGACUGUUGUAGCAAUACUACGUCUGGCACUUUGAUUCCAAAUGCAGAUACAAUCAUUGGGUUUACAGUUGGCGAUGGUGUCACAACGGUAUUGGUGGUGGAAAAAGACGCUGUAUUCUUUUCCAUGCUACAAUAUGGGUUCUGGCACACGCACCCACACAUUAUUCUCAUUACUGGUCGUGGGUUUCCUGAUAUGGCUACAAGGAGACUUGUCUGCAUGCUCAGCCAGUCGCGCAUGUAUCGAAUAAACCCAAGAACUAUGUCAGAUUUUGAAGUCGAGUUUGGCAGAUCAACCGAGAUUGAGCUGGGUCAAGUUUUAACGACUACAGAAUCGGAUUUGAUGGUGUUAGUUCUUGUUGAUGGUGAUCCAUCUGGAUUCGAAAUCUAUUGUACAUAUAAAUUUGGAUCAAAGUCGAUGGCUUACAACACGCUUCUUGCAUGUCCAUCCUCUAUAUGGGUUGGUAUCCAUCCAACCUCUUGGAUGCUGACCAUUGAUGCCGACAGCUUAAUUCCACUCACGCCACACGACAGAUGCAAGGUAUACCGACUUUUGGAUCGUAACCAUAUUCGAUCUUGCAAAGAAUACCAGCGGCAGUUGUCUCGAAUGGUGUUUAUGAACUGCAAGUGUGAGAUCCAGGAAUUUUCAGGUGUAUGGGUUUGCGAAGGGCUUGAAUAG